AUGGCAAAUGGAUGGAAUGCUGAACAAAUUUUUGGGGGUGUAAUGUCAUAUACAUAUGAUGAUAUAAUAUGUAUGCCUGGAUAUAUAGAUUUUUCAUUAAGUGAAAUAGAUUUAUGUAAUAAUUUAACGAGUAAUAUUUCUCUUAAAACUCCUAUAAUAUCUUCACCAAUGGAUACAGUAACUGAACACAAAAUGUCUAUCUCAUUGGCAUUAAGUGGGGGAUUAGGUCUUAUACAUAAUAAUAUGAGCAUUGAAAAUCAAAUUGAAGAAGUUAAAAAAGUGAAAAGAUUUGAAAAUGGUUUUAUUUUUGAUCCUUAUACGUUUUCACCAGAAAAUACUGUAGCAGAUGUUCUUGAAACAAAAAAAAGAGUUGGUUAUAAAUCUUAUCCAAUAACAGUUGAUGGCAAAGUUGGUUCUAAACUAGUGGGAAUAAUUACAAGUGUUGAUUACCUUUAUUUAACAAAUAAAAGUAAAAAAAUUCGUGAUAUUAUGACUACUGAUGUAGUAACUGGAAAUUAUCCAAUAAAUUUAACAGAUGCAAAUAAAGUACUUUGUGAAGAAAAAAAAAGUGUUCUUCCUAUUGUUAACAAUAAUUAUGAAUUAAUAGCUCUUGUAUGUAGGAAUGAUAUGCAUAAAAAUAAAAUUUUUCCUUAUGCUUCUAAAAGCAAGAACAAACAAUUAAUUGUUGGGGCAGCUAUAUCAACAAGAGAAGAAGAUUUAGAAAGAGCAAAUCAAUUAAUUAAAAAUAUGAUAGACGUAAUAUGUAUUGAUUCUUCACAAGGUAAUAGCAUAUAUCAAAUAGAUACAAUUAAAAAAAUUAAGUCAGCAUAUCCUGAAGUACCAAUAAUAGGAGGAAAUGUUGUUACAUGCGACCAAGCGAAAAAUUUAAUUGAUGCUGGUGCAGAUAUUUUACGUAUUGGAAUGGGAAGUGGAUCUAUUUGCACUACACAAGAUGUGUGUGCAGUUGGAAGAGCACAAGGAACAGCUGUAUAUCAUGUAAGUAAUUAUGCACACACAAGGAAUAUUAAAACGAUAGCUGACGGUGGAAUAAAAAAUUCAGGUAAUAUUGUCAAAGCACUAUCUUUAGGUGCAGAUUUUGUCAUGUUAGGAAAUUUAUUAGCAGCAACAGAAGAAAGUUGUAGUGACUAUUAUUUUGAAAAUAAUGUUCGUUUAAAAAUUUAUAGAGGUAUGGGAAGUAUGGAAGCCAUGUAUAAUAAAAAUUUUAACUCGAAAAGUAGAUAUUUGGUGGAAGAUAAGAAAAUCAGUAGCUUUGAUGAUCAAAAUGAAGAAAUAAAAGUAUCUCAAGGGGUUUCGGCAAGUUUAGUUGAUAAAGGAUCAGUUUUAAAUUUAAUUCCUCAUCUUGUAAAAGCUGUUAAACAUGGAUUUCAGAGUAUGGGAAUAAAAAAUAUACAAGAAUUGCAUAAAAAAUUAUAUUCUGGAGAUUUGAAGUUUGAUGUAAGGUCUUUCAAUGCUAUAAAAGAAGGAAAAAUAAGUGAUAAUUUAAUAUUUAGCAAUAAUAAAUAUACUUCAUAA